AUGAAAUCAAACAAUCUACCAGUUGACCAGAAACAGAGGAAAUUAACUCAGUUAGCAUCAACACACAACCAAUAUCAACCAUUUUCUUCUUAUUAUCUUUGGUAUCUAAUAGACAGAUUUCAUUUUAUCAUUGAUGACAUUCAAUCAAUUUUAACAUUUACGAAAAAUACUUGUUUUAAUGAAUUUGCGAAUGAAUUUAUGAACGAAAGACAAAAGGCUGAAUUAGAAGGAAAUAAAGGAAAAAGUUUAUUUUGCAAGAUUUCACUUAAUGGAUCAUAUGGUUACGAUGCAAUGAAUACACAAAAUUACGCAAAGACUAAAAUAAUGAAUGCACAGAAGGCACGCGUUGCAUGUAUGUCAAAUAAGUUUAAAAACAUAAGAGAAAUAGGUGAAGAUACGUAUCAAGUGAUGCUUAAAGAUAGAUUUUAUAGAUGUGAUACAUGUUUACAAGAGGCAUUCUUCACUUUAGAUAACGCAAAAUACUGGUAUUUGGUUUUCAUUUAUGAUUUUAUGUAUAAAUGCAUGGAUGUUAAUCGUUUUCAUUUCAUUGAAGGUGAUACUGAUUCAUCUUAUUGGGCAAUCGCUGGCGACCCAAAUCUUCCUAACACUCAAGCAUUUCAAGCAAUUGUAACCGAUAAAAAAUUUUAUGAUAAAAACAUUUACAAAUUCGCACCUUUUGAUUUCUUCUGUUUUAAUGAGAAAUUUAAACCUAAAUUAAAGAAUAAAGCUGAAGAAAAAGCACAUGAGAAGAAGUUAUUGGGUUUAGCAAUUGAGAAACAAGGUGA